AUGAAGCUGUCCGUCGCUACCGCCCUCGCCAUCUGCGAAACAGUCGCAGCCGUCAAGCCGGUCGUCCAUCUCGGCUACAGCAGCUUCCAGGGCACGCCCCUGGACAACGGCAUCACUCAAUGGCUGGGCAUGCCCUUUGCCGCGCCCCCAGUGGGUGACCUGCGCUGGCGGGCGCCCCGAGACCCGGCCAAGACGGAGGGCAUCCAGCUUGCGAACAAGCACUCGCCCUCCUGCAUCGGCACCGGCGAGUCCCCCAGCGCCACCAAGUCCGAGGACUGCCUGUACGCGGCCGUCUACGCGCCCACCGCGGCGACCCGGUGCAAGCCCCUGCCGGUGUACGUGUGGAUCAUGGGCGGCGGGUUCAACUCCAACGCGGGGCCCAACUCGAACGGCACGGGGCUCAUCCGGGCGGCCGACAUGGACCUCGUGGUGGUGACGUUCAACUACCGCGUGGGCACGUACGGGUUCAUGACCAACGGCGACGCCUCGGACACGACCCUCAUCGACACCAACAUGGGCCUGCUCGACCAGCGCAAGCUGCUGCGCUGGGUGCAGAGCCACAUCUCCAAGUUUGGCGGCGACCCGCGGCACGUCGUCAUCGGCGGGGCGUCGGCCGGCGCGGCCAGCGUGACGUACCACCUGACGGCGUACGACGGGGCCGACGAGGGCUUGUUUGUCGGCGCGGCCGCCGAGUCCCAGUCCUUCGGCCCCGUGCGGACGGCCGAGAAGUCGCGCUACCAGUUUGUCAACCUGGCCAAGAGGCUCGGGUGCUGGGACGAGUCCGCCGUGUCUAAUAAUGACGAGGACAAAUCCAACGACGCGGCCGUUCUCGCGUGCAUGCGCUCCGCACCCGUCGAGACAGUCCAACAAGCCGCCAGCACCAACAUCCCAUACCCGGAGCUCACCAGUGCCAACUCCUCCUUCAGCCAGGCCCCAUUGUACAUGUUCUCCCCCCUGAUCGACGGCAAGAUCAUCCAGGACCUGACGUACAACCGCUUCGCCGAGGGGAAAUACAUCCACGUCCCGAGCAUCUUUGGCGACGACACCAACGAGGGGACCACGUUCGCGCCCAAGACGGCGGCCACGAGGCAGGACAGCCACGACUUCUACCGGGCCAACUUCCCCGCCGCCACGGCCGCGCAGCUGAGCGUGCUGGACGGGCUGUACCCGAACCACAACGAGAGCACGUGCCCCAACAAGGGCUGCUGGUGGAGGCAGGCGUCCGACGUGUACGGUGACACGCGGUAUACCUGUCCGGGACUGUUCCUGGCCGAGACGCUCACGGAUCCCGCCACGCCGGCUGGUCCCGGGGAGAAGCAGCCGGGUAAGGAAAAGCCGCCCGUGUUCUUGUACCGCUACAAUGCGCUCGACCCCGCCCAGGAGGCCAGCGGCCUGGGCGUCCCGCACACCGUCGAGACCAACGCCGUCUGGGGGCCCGAGAACCUCCAGAGCGCCGCGCCAAAGAGCUACCUGCCCGGCGGGGUGAACGCGGGUGUCGUCCCCGUCGUGCAGGGGUACUGGACGAGCUUCAUCCGCACGCUGGAUCCCAACUCGCACCGCGUGCCCGGCAGCGCCGAGUGGGAGAACUGGGAGGGCAAGAUGGAUGGUCCCGCGGCGGGCAAGAGGUUGUUGUUCAGCACGGGUGGGGGCACGACCAUGGAGGGCGUGGAUGAUGGGGUCGAGAACCAGACCGCCAAGUGUCGGUACUUGGAGACCAUCGCUCUGGAUCUGCAGCAGUGA